AUGGAGCCCAGUAGCAAUGCAAUGCCAGCAACUAGCACGAAAAUAGCCGCCACUACCGGGGCCGUGCCUGAAAGCCACAGCGUAACGAAGCGCCUGCAGAACGAGCUGAUGCAGCUGAUGAUGUCUGCGCCGCAGGGAGUCUCUGCGUUUCCUGAAUCGGACGCCAACCUGCUGGUAUGGGCUGGUACCAUUGAGGGCCCCAAGGAUACAUAUUACGAGGGCCUGACGUUCAAAAUUUCCCUGGAGUUCCCGCAGAACUACCCCUACUUUGCCCCCAAGAUCAAAUUCGUCAGUCCAAUGUGGCAUCCCAAUGUCGACAUGGCAGGCAACAUUUGUUUGGAUAUUCUUAAAGAGAAGUGGUCCGCUAUUUACAAUGUUCAGACUAUUUUGCUCUCGUUGCAGUCACUGCUAGGUGAGCCCAACAACUCUAGCCCUCUAAACGCCCAGGCUGCCCAGCUCUGGGACCACCCUGAAGAAUACAAAAGACUACUGCUUCAGCGCUGCCAAGAAGACUAG